AUGAGAUCUGCCAUUGGUGAGAUGGAGUUGGAUGAGAUUCUGCAUGGGCGUGCACGCCUCAAUAGUUUGAUCAAGGGAAGCCUCCAGGAGGCCCAUGUCCCAUUCAUCAGGGAUUGGAAAUCCGACGAUACGAAAUCACAGAAAUCACACCAGAUAACAAAUUAUGUAAUCCUGCCGACGGACAAACAUAGCAGACGAGACGUACGACUGAGAUGUGAGGUAGCGGCAGAGAUUAAUAGCCUCACCAAUGAGUCGGAAGGUAACCUAUCAAGAUCAAGAAUGAAGCAGAUGCCACCAAAACAAAGAUCCAGCUGGAAGCUCAAGGUCAAGCGCAAGCAAUAUACAAAUCUGGCCGAGGCGCAAGCACAAGCCUUGAGAGUCAUUUCAGCUGAACUCAACAAACCUGGUGGACAAGAGGCGGCUCGACUUGCACUAGCUCGAGAAUAUGUGACCAUGUAUGGUGAAAUGGGGAAGCAGAGCAAUACCAUUCUGUUCAAUGAACGACCUGCCGACGUCAAUGCCUUGCUCACACAAGCUGUCACAGCUAUGCAGGCAGCAUCAUCUGCGAUGCCUGCCACUACCACCAACCCACCUCCCGCACCCAAGGAAACAAUUACUGCGGCAAUUGUAGACACAGAGAGCAGUGAAGCUGUGGAUACAAAGGCAGAAGAAAAGAGCAACAAUAAACCUGUGUAG